CAGCCGCUGAGGAGGGAAACCUGAGUCGCUGCUCUGCCUUGUCCCUCCGCAGGCACCGUAGCCCUUAACGCGCAUGCUCGCCGAGGCCUUCUCGUACUCGCACACCUGAACACAGAGCCUCUGAGGAGACCCAGGCUGGGGCGAAGAUGUCGGGGGUCCCUGCGGUGCGGAUCAGCAUCGAGUCCGCCUGCGAGAAGCAUGUUCAGGAGGUGGGCCUGGACGGGAGCGAGACCUACCUGCAGCCGCUCUCCAUGUCGCAGAACUUGGCCCGCCUGGCGCAGCGCAUCGACUUCAGCCAGGGCAGCUCCGGCUCCGAGGAGGACGAGCCCGCCCCGGCCGCCGGGGGAAGAGAGUGGCCCGGAGCCGCAGGAGGGGAGGACGAGGAGGAGGAAGGUUUGGUAAAGUUCCAGCCUUCGCUCUGGCCCUGGGAUUCAGUGAGGAAUAACUUGAGAAGCGCUUUGACAGAGAUGUGUGUGCUCUAUGAUGUUCUCAGCAUUGUCAAGGAUAAAAAAUUUAUGACCCUGGAUCCAGUUGUGCAAGAACCACUUACCCAAAAGCAGAAUCAAGUUUUGCAGUUGAUCUCCAAGAAGAAGUCGUUAGCUGGAGCAGCCCAAAUUCUUCUGAAGGGAGCAGAAAGGUUAUCUAAAUCGGUUGCAGAGAGCCAGGAAAAUAAGCGACAGAGAGACUUCAACUCUGAGUUACUAAGACUGAGGCAGCACUGGAAGCUGAGGAAGGUCGGGGAUAAGAUCCUUGGGGACUUGAGCUACAAAAGUGCAGGGUCUCUCUUUCCUCAUCACGGUACAUUUGAGGUCAUAAAAAACACAGACAUUGAUUUGGAUAAAAAGAUUCCUGAAGAUUACUGUCCAUUGGAUGUUCAAAUCCCAAGUGAUUUAGAGGGAUCUGCCUAUAUAAAGGUGUCUAUUCAGAAGCAAGCACCCGAUAUAGGGGAUCUUGGUACAGUAAAUCUUUUUAAAAGACCACUUCUGAAAUCAAAGCCAGGGGGUCUGCAUUGGCAGACGAAGCUGGAGACGGCACAGAAUGUAUUGCUGUGUAAAGAAAUCUUUGCUCAACUGUCUCGAGAAGCUGUACAAAUUAAAUCUCAGAUUCCCCACAUAGUUGUGAAGAACCAAAUAAUUUCUCAGCCAUUUCCAGGCUUGCAGCUGUCCAUUUCCUUGUGUCACUCUUCAGAUGACAAGAAAUCCCAGAAAUCUGCUUCUGAUAAGCAAAGUCCAGAGGAUCAUCUUUACGUUCUAGAGCAUAAUUUGCACCAGCUGAUUAGAGAGUUUCACAAGCAGACCCUGAGCUCCACCAUGAUGCCUCACCCAGCUAGUGCACCUUUUGGCCAUAAGAGAAUGAGACUAGCAGGGCCUCAGGCUUUUGAUAAAAAUGAAAUCAAUUCCUUGCAACCAAGCGAGGGGCUGCUAGAGAAGAUUAUAAAGCAGGCAAAACACAUCUUUCUGAGACGCAGAACUGCUCGAACCAUCGACAGUCUUGCCAGCCGUAUUGAGGAUCCACAAAUUCAGGCGCACUGGUCAAACAUCAAUGAUGUCUAUGAAUCAAGUGUCAAAGUCCUGAUCACCUCUCAAGGUUAUGAGCAGAUAUGCAAGUCCAUUCAGCUGCAACUAAAUAUUGGCGUCGAGCAGAUCCGAGUAGUACAUAGAGACGGAAGAGUAAUUACGCUAUCCCACCAAGAACAAGAGUUACAAGAUUUUCUUCUCUCUCAGAUGUCACAGCAUCAAGUGCAUGCAGUCCAGCAGUUAGCCAAAGUUAUGGGAUGGCACGUGCUCAGUUUUGGUAAUCACGUGGGUCUGGGCCCAGUGGAGAGUAUUGGCAAUGCGUCGGCCAUAACUGUGGCAUCGCCGAAUGGAGACUAUUCUAUUUCAGUACGCAACGGUCCAGAAAGCGGCAGCAAGAUUAUGGUUCAGUUCCCACGCUCCCAGUGCAAAGACCUCCCCAAGAGCGAUGUGCUUCAAGACAGCAAAUGGAACAACCUUCGUGGCCCAUUCAAAGAGGUUCAAUGGAACAAAAUGGAAGGACGCAACUUCGUGUACAAAAUGGAGCUCCUCAUGGCAGCCCUGACACCCUGCUCCUAGGCUUAGGGACGAAACGAAAAGGACUAUGUUUUGGCACAAAAGGAAAUGACUCUUAAACACUCCUGAUAGUUGCAAAGUUGCAUAACCUGUGAAACGUCAUCAAUUUCAUUUUUCUCCUCCCCCCAGAAUAAUAUCAAAAGUCUUCCUUUCUGGAAGCAAUUUCUCCUGCUAUUUCUGAAUGUUGAAUUAAACUGCCGUUGUCUUGC